AAUGCUGGGCUGGUGUGAAGCGAUAGCGCGUAACCCUCGCAGGAUCCCAAACAACACGCGGACCCCCGAGGGCUCAGAGGAGUGGGCUGACGCCUCGCAAACCUCCACACUGAAUGACAAAUCCCCAGGGCGAUCUGCAAGUCGAUCAAGUAAUAUUUCAAAAGCGAGCAGCCCGACCACUGGGACAGCCCCCAGGAGCCAGUCAAGGUUGUCUGUCUGUCCGUCCACUCAGGACAUCUGCAGGAUCUGUCACUGCGAAGGGGAUGAGGAGAGUCCUCUCAUCACGCCCUGCCGCUGCACGGGCACCCUGCGCUUCGUGCACCAGGCCUGCCUCCACCAGUGGAUCAAGAGCUCUGACACGCGCUGCUGUGAGCUAUGCAAGUACGACUUCAUCAUGGAGACCAAGCUCAAGCCCCUCCGCAAGUGGGAAAAACUGCAGAUGACCAGGAGCGAGAGGAGGAAGAUAUUCUGCUCUGUCACCUUCCACGUCAUUGCCAUCACCUGCGUGGUCUGGUCUUUGUACGUGUUGAUUGAUCGGACAGCGGAGGAAAUCAAGCAAGGCAAUGAUAACGGUGUCCUUGAAUGGCCAUUUUGGACAAAACUGGUCGUGGUGGCCAUUGGCUUCACGGGAGGUCUGGUCUUCAUGUACGUACAGUGCAAGGUCUACGCUCAGCUGUGGCGCAGGCUGAAGGCCUACAACCGCGUCAUCUUUGUGCAGAACUGCCCCGACAUGGCCAAGAGGCUGGAGAAGAACUGCUCCUGCACGGUGAACACGGACGCCAAGGACGCCGGGGCAGUGCCUGCCUUACAAACGGGGACCGACGCACCGCCGCCUUCGGAGGGCGGCCCCCCCGAAGUCAUACCCGUGUGACGGGGCCGGCCGGGAGCGUGUCACUGGAGGAUCGCCUGGCCCUCAGCCACUACAAGUGACAGACGUGAUCCUGAGUUAGCCACCCUCUUUAUCGUCUCUCCUCUUUCUGACUCACUUGUCCUCACUUUGCUCAAAAAGGAAAGGAGAAGAAACACCAGAUGGUCAGAGCCCAUGAAGCAGUCUCCAGUGUGAAGAGAAAAUGUGCAACGUUGGCUGGAGAAUGAUUUCUGAGACCAGGGCCGCUGGAGCAAGGGAUGCUUUCAGGCAACGAGGAGAGACUAACUGGACAGACCCAUGAGUCUUCCCAGUAACAGGGCAAGGUCAAGAAUACGGACUUGAAUUGCAAUGUGUCUUUCUUCUAGGGCCUCGUAAUGUUAACUCUCUCAUCUGGAAAUGACAAACACAUUUGGUUUUAAGCUUGAAAUUGUCUGCAUUAUCCCUAAGGCACAUCAGAAGCAAACUCACUCAGAAGAUGCAUAUUUUGAUAUUCAUACUUCGACAGCUAACAGGUUUUUAUGGCUAUAGUGGAGUCCAGUUGUUUUGACAGAUGCAUGUUUUUAAAAUAGAUGCAAUACACAUUUGAAGAUAUUGACACUUGGAAUUAUGUUUAAAUCAUGAUUUUCAGAGAUUUUGGGGUUUAAUUAGCUCUGUUAAAUACCCACAGGAGCCUUGUAUGCUCCACCUGGACCCUCUAAAACAGUGUUGUCCAACAGAAAUAUAAUGUGAGCCACAAAUGAAGGCCACAUAUGCAAAUUUAAAUUUUCUAGUAGCCCCAUUAGAAAAAGUAAAAAUAAAUAGGUGAAAUGAAUUUUGAUAAUAUAUUUUAUUUAACACUAUAUACCCAAGUUAUCAUUUCAACGUCAUCAAUAUAAAAAAAGUAUUGAGUUAUUUUACAUCUUUUUUUAUGAACCAAGUUUUCAAAAUCCAUAAUGUUUACAGCAUAGCUCAAUUUGAAUUAAACUUAUUGGCUAGUGCAGCCCUAAAAUUAGAGACAAAGCCUCUGCUUCAUUUAACAACUGAAUCUUUCUUUCAAAACAGCAGCUUAAUUCAUUCUUUUAUUCAAAGUAUCACAAAUACUAUUUUACAAAGCACUAAAUUAAUCAAAUUAAAUAUCUUGGUUAAUAGUUAGAUGAAGUUACCAUUUCUCUAAAGGGUGAAAAAACAAAACUAUAAAGCAAUCUGCCAGCAGUAAGUUCUGAAAUUAACUUGUUUGCUACUAUGAAGCACUUAUAAUAGGGAAAAUAAAAAUUUAAUAUCUUUCUUUGUUAAGUAAGUCAAACGUACCUUUU